AUGGGGCGGUCUGCUGCUGCUGCUGCCGCAGCAGGAUGUCCUCUCCCUGGCGAAGCAGAUUUGCUGCUGGCUGCUCAGCUGCGGCAGCAGGAGAGACGACGCCUGCUGCAGCUGUUUAUUGAUUUAGACAGAGACAACAACAAAAAAAUUAAUGCAGCAGACAUAGCACAAGCAAUGAAACGAGACGGCAUUAUGCUGCCCCUUGCGGAGAUAGAACGCUGCGUCUGGGAAGCAGAUUCAAACGGCGAUGGGUAUUUGGAGUACUUUGAUUUUCUUUGUUUAUACAGCCGGCUUAAAUGCAGCAGCAGCAACAGACGAGAGGCGCAGCUGCUGCAGCAUUACGUUCUUUACCGUUUGAUAGUGCAGCAGCAAGCAGCAGACAAAGGCUUUGUUUGCUUCGAUGAAGCGCUUCUCUUCUUGUCGCAGCUAAUGAACAGAGAAGCAGCACUUAAAAACCUCUACAACUUGUUCGGAGGAAGUGCAACCAAGUCUUUAAAAGCAGCAGCAUGGCUGCGUGUCUUAGGCUCUGCUCUUUGGGAAGAAGCAUCGCCGUUAGUAGAUGAAGUGCAGCAAGAGAAGCAGCAGCAGCAACGCAUGCAAAGGCCCUUCGCCAGCAACUUCAAGCCCCAGUCCCUCUUAGACAAUAAACUUAAUACUAACAAACUCCAAGAAGAGUAUCAGCAAGCGAAGGCUUCUUUGCUUCAUUCUCAAGCUGCUGCGAUAGCAGCAGCAAACGAAGGGGCCCCUUCUGCUGCUGCUGCUGCUGCUGCUGGUACUGUUGCUGCUCCUUUCAAUCGCUUUCACAGCAGCAGCAACAGCACCAAGAGCGACAGCAACAGCAGCAAGAGCAGCAGCAGUAACACGAACAGCGGCGGCAGCAGCAACACCAAAAGCGACAAGAACAGCCGCAGCACAAACGAUAGCAGCGGCAGCAGCAGGAAGAGCUGCAGCAGCAGCAGCAGCAGCAAAAGGCGAGAAUUACAGCAGAUGGGGAGGCGGCUCACUUGUCAACAGCAGCAGCAAAAGCAGCAAGAUUUGGAAAUGGCAGCAGCAGCAGCUCAGGUAGUGCUGCAGUUCCGUGUAGCUGAAGCAGCAACAGCAGCAGAAAAAAACAGCAGCAGCAAUUACACCAGCAGCAGCAGCAACAGCGCGAACAAGGACACUGCUCAGCAGCUUGACAGCAGAAGAAGCUACAGCAUGCAGCAGCAGCAGCAGCAGGCUGCUCCCAAACACAUGCAACAGCAGCAGCAGCAGCAACAGCGACAGCAACAGCAACUGGGGAGACACAGCAGCAGUACGCGUAGCGAAAUUGCAGCAGCAGCAGCAGCAACAACAACCGCAGCAACAGCAGCAGCAGAAACAGCAGCAGCAACAGCAGACGCACGAACUGCAGCUCUUUGA